UUCUUUCUACACAUCCCAUGACUCAAUCCAAAUAAAUCCCUCCCUUCCCUCUCGUUCCCCAGAGCAAGAAGUUCUGCUAGCUACCAACCAAAACAUUAAAAACAUGCCAGCCUCUCAAGCACUACUUGUCUUGGUAGUGGUAAUGUUAUUACAGCUUGCAAUGAGCACCACCGCCACCAAAACCUCCACCAGCACCUCUACCGCUACCACUCAUCAUGACAACAUUUCCAAAGCUAAAACCAAAACCACUUUAUACCCUGAUUUUCAACUCUUGAACGUGAAACAAGCAUUAACAGAAACAAAAACUAGGCCCAUAAAACCAUCCCAGUAUCAAGAACUAUUCAAGACGAAUCCAAAUGAUAGCGAAAGUGGGGGAAAGCAGAAACUGAAACUUGUCCACAGAGACAAGGUAUCUUUCAGCAACAAGUUACAUAACCAUAGCCACGUUUUUCAUGCACGCAUGCAUAGAGACGUGAAGAGGGUGGCUAGCCUUAUACACCGCCUUUCAAGUGGCAGCGCCGCCAAGUAUGAGGUAGAAAAUUUUGGGUCAGAUGUGGUGUCAGGCAUGAACCAAGGUAGUGGAGAAUAUUUUGUUAGGAUAGGACUUGGUAGUCCGCCGAGAAGUCAAUACAUGGUUAUUGAUUCGGGCAGUGAUAUUGUUUGGGUUCAAUGUAAACCCUGCACCCAAUGUUAUCAUCAAACCGACCCGCUAUUUGACCCGGCAGACUCAGCAUCAUUUAUGGGGGUGCCUUGUAGCUCGGCAGUUUGUGAUCGGGUGGAGAAUGCGGGUUGUAAUUCGGGUCGGUGUCGCUACGAGGUAUCAUAUGGUGAUGGAUCGUAUACAAAAGGGACUCUUGCCCUCGAAACACUUACAUUUGGACGAACCGUGGUUCGAAAUGUGGCUAUCGGAUGCGGGCAUAGUAAUCGGGGCAUGUUUGUUGGUGCUGCCGGCUUAUUGGGACUUGGAGGUGGAUCCAUGUCAUUUAUGGGUCAAUUGAGUGGUCAGACCGGGAAUGCAUUUAGUUAUUGUUUAGUGAGUAGGGGGACUAAUACAAAUGGAUUUUUGGAAUUCGGGUCUGAAGCAAUGCCCGUGGGAGCUGCAUGGAUCCCCUUGGUUCGAAACCCGCGGGCACCGAGUUUUUACUAUAUCAGACUUUUGGGUCUCGGAGUUGGAGACACGAGGGUGCCUAUAUCUGAAGAUGUAUUCCAAUUAAAUGAACUGGGAAGUGGAGGUGUUGUUAUGGACACUGGGACGGCUGUGACUCGGUUCCCUACGGUGGCUUACGAAGCGUUUCGUAAUGCCUUUAUUGAGCAAACCCAAAACCUUCCCCGGGCUUCUGGAGUAUCCAUAUUUGAUACUUGUUAUAACCUAAUCGGGUUUCUGUCAGUUCGGGUACCGACUGUUUCAUUUUACUUCUCAGGCGGGCCAAUCCUAACCAUUCCAGCAAAUAACUUCUUAAUUCCAGUGGAUGAUGCAGGAACCUUUUGUUUUGCAUUUGCUCCUUCCCCAUCAGGGCUUUCCAUCCUCGGAAACAUUCAACAAGAAGGGAUUCAAAUUUCUGUUGACGAAGCUAAUGAAUUCGUAGGCUUUGGCCCCAAUAUUUGCUGAGUAGGAAUUUUGCUAGUCUUAAUUAUAGUUACGAAGAUAUUUAUUAUGUGUAAGAAGUAUUAUAGUAUACACAUAGUUAAGAAGGGGUAUGUGUUAAUAUCCUGUGAUGUUUGUCCUAGUAUUGAAGUGUUAUUAUAUAUAGUAUAUGGAACUAGAGCUGUGCUUUUCUCCUUGUGAAGAAGUGUGCACAGAUCAAUGUAAUUAAUGGUUGAUAAAGAUUAUGCAAAAGAGGUGAUUAUGAUUAAACAAAA